UACAGCAGUUAUUGUUUCCCUAUACUUAUUAUACUCUUUGAGUUAUUGUACCAGAGCAAGUGAAGCAAACAGUAGGAUAUUAAUUAAAUAAUCAGGGACUACUCCAUCUCAAUGUUUAUUUACGUCGUAUAUAAAGAUCCUCCUGAACUAUCCUUGUUAUGCCCACGAGGAUCCGAGAUGUAUGACACGUCAGUCGAGAAGACCCUGCUGGUGAACCCAGUGUGCCCAGUGAGGAUCAUCCUGGAGUACAUCAGGAAGCAGUGUCGCCUGGGCAUCUUCACCCACUUCGAUUUAGCUGACGAUAACGGCUGCCUCAUGGGGCUGUUCAAUCUACCGACGUAUGCGUAUGCCACGGAUCAGUUUGAGCACAAGAGGACAUACUUUAUUAUCGUUUUUAAGGAGGUAGACAAAAGGUUGGAAGUAUUGCCGCAGCUGAACUAUGAAAAUAAGAUGCAUUUCGACCUGAAGAUGAGAGUAAAGCGGUUCCUGAUGGUGGGAGACGUCAGCACCUCCACCAUGACGAUGGGAUUCUCUGCACACCAGGCAAGCAAGAUGACGGUUAAGAAAAAAUAAAUAAAUGAAACCUUUACGAAUAUAUUAAUGACUUAGGUAUGGUACUCAAUGAAUAAAGACUGAUAUUUCAUAAG